GGUGGGCCGAGACUCUGCUGAGGGGACUGGCUGUGAAGGAUGAGUUCAGGGGGGGAUGACGGACCGCUUCUGGGACCAGUGGUAUCUCUGGUAUCUUCGCUUGCUCCGGCUGCUGGACCGAGGAUCUUUUCGGAAUGAUGGUUUGAAAGCUUCUGAUGUCCUUCCCAUCCUAAAGGAAAAAGUGGCCUUCGUGUCUGGGGGCCGUGAUAAGCGAGGUGGACCCAUCCUGACCUUUCCUGCCCGCAGCAAUCAUGACAGAAUAAGACAGGAAGACCUGCGGAAGCUCGUGACGUAUUUGGCCAGCGUGCCAAGUGAGGACGUGUGCAAACGUGGCUUCACCGUCAUCAUCGACAUGCGGGGCUCCAAGUGGGACCUCAUCAAGCCCCUCCUCAAGACGCUGCAGGAAGCCUUCCCCGCCGAGAUCCAUGUGGCCCUCAUCAUCAAACCCGACAACUUCUGGCAGAAGCAGAAGACCAACUUCGGCAGCUCCAAGUUCAUCUUUGAGACCAGCAUGGUAUCCGUGGAAGGCCUCACGAAGCUGGUGGACCCCUCUCAGCUGACGGAGGAGUUUGACGGCUCCCUGGACUACAACCACGAAGAGUGGAUCGAGCUGCGGCUCUCCCUGGAGGAGUUCUUCAACAGCGCGGUGCACCUGCUCUCGCGCCUCGAGGACCUGCAGGAGAUGCUGGCCCGGAAGGAGUUCCCAGUGGACGUGGAGGGCUCGAGGCGGCUCAUUGACGAGCACACACAGCUCAAGAAGAAGGUGCUCAAGGCCCCCGUGGAGGAGCUGGACCGGGAGGGGCAGCGGCUGCUGCAGUGCAUCCGCUGCAGUGACGGCUUCUCAGGGCGCAACUGCAUCCCCGGCAGCGCUGACUUCCAGAGCCUGGUCCCCAAGAUCACCAGCCUCCUGGACAAGCUGCACUCCACCCGGCAGCACCUGCACCAGAUGUGGCACGUGCGCAAGCUCAAGCUGGACCAGUGCUUCCAGUUGCGGCUCUUCGAGCAGGAUGCAGAGAAGAUGUUUGACUGGAUAAGCCACAACAAGGAGUUGUUCCUGCAGAGCCACACGGAAAUCGGAGUCAGCUACCAGCACGCCCUAGACCUACAGACGCAGCACAAUCACUUUGCCAUGAACUCCAUGAAUGCCUACGUUAACAUCAACCGCAUCAUGUCGGUGGCCUCCCGCCUCUCGGAGGCUGGCCACUAUGCCUCACAGCAGAUCAAGCAGAUCUCCACGCAGCUGGACCAGGAGUGGAAGAGCUUCGCCGCGGCCCUGGACGAGCGCAGCACCAUCCUCGCCAUGUCCGCCGUGUUCCACCAGAAGGCCGAGCAGUUCUUGUCGGGCGUGGAUGCCUGGUGCAAGAUGUGCAGCGAAGGUGGCCUGCCGUCCGAGAUGCAGGACCUGGAGCUGGCGAUCCACCACCACCAAACCUUGUAUGAGCAAGUGACCCAGGCCUACACGGAGGUCAGCCAGGACGGCAAAGCCCUGCUGGAUGUGCUGCAGCGCCCCCUGAGCCCUGGGAACUCCGAGUCCCUCACAGCCACGGCCAACUACUCCAAGGCGGUGCACCAGGUGCUGGACGUGGUGCACGAGGUGCUGCACCACCAGCGGCGGCUCGAGAGCAUCUGGCAGCACCGCAAGGUGCGGCUCCACCAGCGGCUGCAGCUCUGUGUCUUCCAGCAGGAUGUCCAGCAGGUGCUGGACUGGAUUGAAAACCAUGGUGAGGCCUUUCUCAGCAAACACACUGGGGUUGGGAAGUCCCUGCAUCGAGCCCGGGCCCUGCAGAAGAGGCAUGAUGACUUUGAAGAAGUGGCUCAGAAUACGUACACCAACGCGGACAAGCUCCUGGAAGCGGCGGAGCAGCUGGCUCAGACGGGGGAAUGUGACCCCGAAGAGAUCUACAAAGCCGCGCGGCACCUGGAGGUGCGGAUCCAAGACUUCGUGCGCAGGGUGGAGCAGCGCAAGCUUCUCCUGGACAUGUCUGUCUCCUUCCACACACACACCAAAGAGCUGUGGACAUGGAUGGAGGACCUUCAGAAGGAGAUGCUGGAGGACGUCUGUGCAGACUCGGUGGAUGCAGUGCAGGAACUGAUCAAGCAGUUCCAGCAGCAGCAGACAGCCACCCUGGAUGCUACACUCAACGUCAUCAAGGAGGGCGAAGACCUGAUCCAGCAGCUCAGGUCAGCGCCUCCCUCCCUGGGGGAGCCCAGCGAGGCCAGGGACUCCGCGGUAGCCAACAACAAGAUGCCCCACAGCAGCUCCAUCAGCCACAUCGAGUCGGUGCUACAGCAGCUGGACGACGCGCAGGUGCAGAUGGAGGAGCUCUUCCAUGAGCGCAAGAUUAAGCUGGACAUCUUCCUGCAGCUGCGCAUCUUUGAGCAAUAUACCAUUGAGGUGACAGCCGAGCUGGAUGCCUGGAAUGAGGACUUGCUCCGGCAGAUGAAUGACUUCAACACGGAGGAUCUGACGCUGGCAGAGCAGCGGCUGCAGCGCCACACAGAACGGAAGCUAGCCAUGAACAACAUGACCUUUGAGGUCAUCCAGCAGGGCCAGGAUCUGCACCAGUACAUCAUGGAGGUCCAAGCCUCAGGAAUUGAAUUAAUCUGUGAGAAAGACAUUGACCUGGCAGCCCAGGUGCAAGAGCUACUGGAAUUUCUCCAUGAGAAGCAGCAUGAACUGGAGCUCAAUGCUGAGCAGACCCAUAAGCGGCUAGAGCAGUGCCUGCAACUGCGGCACCUCCAGGCGGAGGUCAAGCAGGUCCUGGGAUGGAUCCGCAACGGGGAGUCCAUGCUCAGCGCCAGCCUGGUCAACGCCAGCUCGUUGUCUGAGGCAGAGCAACUGCAGCGGGAACACGAGCAGUUCCAGCUGGCCAUCGAGUCCCUCUUUCAUGCCACUUCCUUGCAGAAGACACACCAGAGCGCCCUGCAGGUGCAGCAGAAAGCCGAGGCCCUGCUCCAGGCUGGCCACUACGAUGCGGAGGCCAUCCGGGAAUGUGCCGAGAAGGUGGCCCUGCACUGGCAGCAGCUCAUGCUGAAGAUGGAAGACCGGCUGAAGCUGGUCAAUGCCUCGGUGGCCUUUUACAAAACCUCAGAGCAGGUGUGUAGUGUCUUGGAAAGCUUGGAGCAAGAGUACCGGAGGGAUGAGGACUGGUGCGGCGGACGAGAUAAACUGGGCCCGGCAGCAGAGAUCGACCACGUCAUUCCUCUCAUCAGCAAACAUUUGGAACAAAAGGAGGCCUUUCUGAAGGCCUGCACCCUGGCGCGGCGGAACGCGGAGGUCUUUCUCAAGUACAUCCACAGGAACAACGUCAGCAUGCCCAGUGUCGCCAGCCAUACCCGAGGGCCUGAGCAGCAAGUCAAAGCCAUCUUGAGUGAGCUCUUGCAGAGGGAGAACCGAGUCCUGCACUUCUGGACCUUGAAGAAGCGGCGGUUAGACCAGUGUCAACAAUACGUGGUGUUUGAACGCAGUGCCAAGCAGGCCCUGGACUGGAUCCAAGAAACAGGUGAAUAUUACCUCUCAACACAUACCUCCACCGGAGAGACCGCUGAGGAGACUCAGGAACUGCUGAAAGAAUAUGGGGAAUUCAGGGUGCCUGCCAAGCAAACCAAGGAGAAGGUGAAGCUUCUGAUCCAGCUGGCGGAUAGCUUUGUGGAAAAGGGCCAUAUUCAUGCCACGGAGAUCAGGAAAUGGGUGACCACGGUGGACAAGCACUAUAGGGACUUCUCCUUGCGGAUGGGCAAGUACCGGUACUCUCUGGAGAAAGCCCUCGGAGUCAACACAGAGGACAACAAGGACCUGGAGCUGGACAUCAUCCCAGCAAGCCUUUCCGAUCGUGAGGUCAAACUGCGGGAUGCCAACCACGAGAUCAACGAGGAGAAGCGGAAGUCAGCCCGGAAAAAAGAGUUCAUCAUGGCUGAGCUGCUCCAGACAGAAAAGGCAUAUGUAAGGGACUUGCAUGAGUGCAUGGAGACCUACCUUUGGGAAAUGACCAGUGGCGUGGAGGAAAUUCCCCCUGGGAUCCUCAAUAAAGAGCAUAUCAUCUUUGGGAACAUCCAGGAGAUCUACGAUUUUCAUAACAACAUCUUCCUCAAAGAGUUGGAGAAGUACGAGCAGCUGCCUGAGGAUGUGGGACACUGCUUUGUGACCUGGGCAGACAAAUUUCAGAUGUAUGUCACCUACUGUAAAAACAAGCCUGAUUCCAACCAGCUGAUCCUGGAGCACGCAGGCACCUUCUUUGAUGAGAUACAGCAGCGGCAUGGCCUGGCCAACUCCAUCUCUUCCUACCUAAUUAAACCUGUCCAGAGGAUCACCAAGUACCAACUGCUCCUGAAGGAGCUGUUAACUUGCUGUGAAGAAGGGAAAGGGGAGCUCAAGGACGGCCUGGAGGUGAUGCUCAGUGUCCCAAAGAAAGCCAACGACGCCAUGCAUGUCAGCAUGCUGGAAGGGUUCGACGAGAACCUGGAUGUGCAGGGGGAGCUGAUCCUCCAAGAUGCCUUUCAAGUGUGGGACCCCAAGUCGCUGAUCCGGAAGGGGCGGGAGCGGCACUUGUUCCUCUUUGAGAUCGCCUUGGUUUUUAGCAAGGAGAUCAAAGACUCUGCAGGACACACAAAAUAUGUUUACAAGAACAAGCUGCUGACCUCAGAGCUGGGUGUGACGGAGCACGUAGAGGGCGACCCCUGCAAGUUCGCCUUGUGGUCUGGGCGUACCCCAUCCUCAGACAAUAAAACAGUGCUGAAAGCCUCCAACAUCGAAACCAAGCAGGAGUGGAUCAAGAAUAUCCGAGAGGUGAUUCAAGAAAGGAUCAUUCACUUGAAAGGAGCUUUAAAGGAGCCAAUCCAGCUCCCCAAAACACCAGCCAAACAGAGGAACAACAGUAAGAGGGAUGGUGUGGAGGAUGUGGACAGCCAGGGGGAUGGGAGCAGCCAGCCGGACACCAUCUCCAUUGCCUCGAGGACCUCUCAGAACACAGUGGACAGUGACAAGCUCUCCGGCGGCUGUGAGUUGACGGUGGUCCUGCAGGACUUCAGCGCAGGCCACAGCAGUGAGCUGACCAUCCAGGUGGGCCAGACGGUGGAGCUGCUGGAGCGGCCGAGUGAGAGACCCGGCUGGUGUCUGGUCCGCACCACCGAGCGGAGUCCCCCCCAGGAGGGCCUGGUCCCCAGCAGUGCGCUGUGCAUCUCCCACUCCCGGAGCAGUGUGGAGAUGGACUGCUUCUUCCCCUUGGUGAAAGAUGCGUACUCUCAUUCCUCCAGUGAAAACGGGGGCAAAUCUGAGUCGGUGGCCAACCUGCAGGCCCAGUCCUCCCUGAACUCCGUCCACAGUUCCCCGGGGCCCAGGAGGUCCACCAACACGCUCAAGAAGUGGCUGACCAGUCCGGUGCGCCGGCUCAACAGCGGGAAGGCAGAUGGGAAUAUCAAAAAGCAGAAGAAAGUACGAGACGGUCGGAAGAGCUUUGACCUGGGAUCUCCCAAGCCUGGGGAUGAGACGACCCCGCAGGGAGACAGUGCGGAUGAGAAGAGCAAGAAAGGUUGGGGAGAAGAUGAACCAGAUGAAGAAUCACACACACCCCUCCCUCCGCCUAUGAAGAUCUUCGACAAUGACCCUGCCCAGGAUGAGAUGUCUUCCUCUUUGCUAGCAGCGCGCCAGGCCUCCGCCGAAGUCCCCGCCGCCGCCGACCUUGUCAGUGCAAUAGAGCAGUUGGUCAAAAGCAAGCUGAGUCUAGAAGAAGGCUCCUACCGGGGAAGCUUGAAAGACCCCUCAGGCUGCCUGAAUGAGGGGAUGGCCCCUCCCACUCCCCCCAGAAACCUGGAAGAAGAGCAGAAAGCCAAGGCGCUGCGAGGCCGGAUGUUUGUCCUGAAUGAGCUGGUACAGACGGAAAAAGACUACGUCAAGGACCUAGGGGUCGUGGUGGAGGGCUUCAUGAAGAGAAUCGAAGAAAAGGGCGCCCCCGAGGACAUGCGAGGGAAAGACAAGAUCGUGUUUGGGAACAUCCACCAGAUUUACGACUGGCAUAAAGACUUUUUCCUGGCAGAACUGGAAAAAUGCGUGCAGGAGCAAGACAGGCUGGCCCAGCUCUUCAUCAAGCACGAGCGCAAGCUGCACAUCUAUGUGUGGUACUGUCAGAACAAGCCGCGCUCCGAGUACAUCGUUGCUGAGUACGAUGCCUACUUUGAAGAGCUGAAACAUGAGAUCAAUCAAAGGCUGACGCUUAGCGACUUCCUCAUCAAGCCCAUUCAGAGAAUAACCAAGUACCAGCUGCUCCUCAAGGACUUCCUGAGAUACAGCGAGAAGGCUGGUCUGGAGUGCACAGAUAUCGAGAAAGCCGUGGAGCUAAUGUGCCUUGUUCCGAAACGCUGCAAUGACAUGAUGAAUCUGGGACGCCUCCAGGGCUUUGAGGGCACCCUGACCGCUCAGGGGAAGCUGCUGCAGCAGGACACAUUCUACGUGAUUGAGCUGGAUGUGGGCAUGCAGUCCCGGACCAAGGAGCGGCGCGUGUUCCUCUUCGAGCAAAUUGUCAUCUUCAGUGAGCUGCUCAGGAAGGGCUCCCUAACACCAGGCUACAUGUUCAAGAGGAGCAUCAAGAUGAAUUACUUGGUCCUGGAAGAGAACGUGGACAAUGACCCCUGCAAGUUUGCGCUCAUGAACCGGGAGACCUCGGAGAGGGUCAUUCUGCAGGCCGCCAACGCUGACAUCCAGCAGGCCUGGGUGCAAGACAUUAAUCAAGUCUUGGAAACACAGCGAGACUUCUUAAAUGCACUGCAGUCGCCCAUCGAGUAUCAGCGGAAAGAAAACCGCACAGCCGGGAUGCGGCCCCAGCCCACCAGGCUCCCCCAAGCCAGCCCCAGGCCUUACUCUUCUGUCCCCAUGGGCCCUGACAAGCCUCCCAAGGGCUCCAGCGCUGCCCCGCCGCUGCCACCCCUGAAGAUAUCUACCUCCAAUGGCAGUCCAGGGUUCGACUACCACCAGCCUGGUGACAAGUAUGAGACCGGCAAGCCAAACGACCUGGGAGGCAGCGACGGGAACAUCUCCAUGGCGGUCAUUCAAGACUACUAUGCACUGAAGGAGAAUGAAAUCUCUGUGAGCCAAGGCGAGGUGGUCCAGGUCCUCGCCGUCAACCAGCAGAACAUGUGCCUGGUGUACCAGCCUGCCAGCGACCACUGCCCCGCCGCCGAGGGCUGGGUCCCAGGCAGCAUCCUGGCGCCGCUCACCAAAGCCACGGCGGCCACUGCAGAAAACAGUGAUGGGAGCAUCAAAACCGAACCCUACUGAGGCCCUAGGUGACCAUGCCUUCCGUUGCUCCAUUUGACCUACCACAGGACUCACUGGACUGGACUUCUAUUUAUGUUGUAUUAAGUGACUUCUCUCUAUAUAUUUUUUACCGACACCAAAAGGUUACCUUAGCACAAAUGCCAAGCCUGCCCGGGUCACAGGCCCGCUGCUUCUCCCACGAGAGAGGGACGUUUUUGGUUGUGUGUGGCAAUUUUCUCUGUACAGAUUGUAACUUGUUUUUUUCCUUAAAACCUUCCCCCGCUCCCCAUCACGUUAAUAUAUGUUCAUGGUCCUUUGUAAGAUAUUUCUUUUCCUUCCUUUGAUUGCGAAGACCCUUCUGAACACAUUCCUGUGUAAGAUACUUUGCACUAUUUAAAGACAACCGUAUGGAUAAAGUCAGGUUGUGCAAUAUAUUGAAGAGUCACAGUGGUCAUCAUUGUACCUGUCAUGUAACUAAUAACUUUAAAUGUACUAUUUUAAAUAUGUAAAAUAAAUUUUCACCAUGA